AUGGCACGAAAAAGUGUUGAUCACUCCGCUAAGACUGGGCCCCGGAGCUAUUGCAAAGAUGGAGGAAGACGGAAGAAACGAUCUUGUGUUGGUUCGAAAGAUCCGCCUCCAAUCCCUACACCUAAACCCGUCAUUUUGCUGCCAGAUUUCAAUGCUUCUACUGAUUUAAAUUACACAUUGGUGGUGUCCAUUGGAAGUUGCUUUUAUUGGUCAGAAGAAAAGGAGUAUUGGACCGAAGAGGGCUGUAAGAUUGAGCCAGAAGUUGUUUCGGGAAAUAUUUACUGCCAAUGUAACCACCUAUCCUCUUUUGGCGGAGAGUUCUUUGUGGAACCAAAUAGAAUUGAAUUUCACAAAGUGUUUGGUGAGUUUACGAAAGAUCUUAGAAAGAACUUUGUUGUCCUAGCAACGGUAUGCAGCAUGCUCUUGAUCUAUCUUAUUGGCCUCGUCUUCACCCGUCGAGCGGACAGACAAGAUAAACAAAAGAUAAUACCAAACGUUUAUCUUCCGGCCGGCGAUGAGGAGGGACAACAUCUCUAUCACAUAUCCAUUCAGACAGGAAUGUGGAUAGGCAAUGGAACCACAGCCAGCGUUGGAAUGAUACUUUACGGCGAGGACUCGUGCAGUGAUAUGAUCGUCCUUAACGACCCAACUUUCCAGAAAUCGUUUUUCUCUCGCGGAAGUAUUAACACAUUUACAAUAUCUUUGCCAAGAAGACUGGGACCACUUUACAAAGUAAAAGUGUGGCACGACAAUAGCGGCGAGAGUCCUGGAUGGUUCUUACAAGAUCUCGUUAUAACGGAAGUGGAGUCGCAGGAAAAAUGGUAUAUCCUCGCAAAAAGAUGGCUGGCAGUCGAAAGAGGUGAGGGAGAGGUCGAAGUCGAGCUCAAGACUUCAAACAAGAAAGACGUUUCUUCGUUUAAAAACCUUUUCUACUUCCGAGCUUCAAAGCAACUAACUGAUGAACACUUAUGGAUUUCUGUAUUCGCCAAACCACCUCAAAGCCCCUUUACGCGGACGCAGCGUUUCUCAUGUUGCAUGUCUGUGUUUUUCUCGGCCAUGAUUACAAAUGCUAUUUUCUAUGACUUUGGGCAGAAGCCUCACGAUACCUUUCAAAUUGGCCCGUUGACCAUGAGUUGGACACAGGUGAAAACUGGAAUACAAAGUGGGCUAAUUGCGCUGCCAUUAAAUGUUUUCAUUGUAACUGUUUUUCGAAACGUUAGACCCAAGACAAAACAAAAGGAUCACGUGGAGGAAAACUCGCCAGAACGACUACCAAACGUUUUUGUAUACAUAGCGUGGGUAUUUUGCAGCCUUGCGAUUCUGUCUUCAGCUUUCUUCACCGUGUUAUACAGCCAGCAAUGGGGAGCGAAGAUCUCAAAUGAAUGGCUCACAUCAAAUCAUGUUUGACGGAUGAUUACAUUAAGACGGAGCGAUGCUUGUCAUAUUAUAGCUCUCAUUCAGAAGACAAGACGACGUACAAUCUCCGUGACUGGACACCAAUCUAUAACAUCAGCGAGUUUGAAGCUUCAUUUGAUAACGUAUGCCCUAAACCCUGGCGAUACAGGACAGCACAUGCCUUGGAAGCACUCCCCUUUAACGGGUUCUACGCCACUUACGAUGGUGGAGGCUAUGUCGCUGAUCUUGGCUAUAAUGCUGAAUCAGCUUUAGGGGUAAUCGAUGACCUAGAAAACAACGAUUGGAUUGAUUUUAGAACAUUUGCAGUAUUUGUCGAGUUCACCGUUUAUGAGCCCUCAAGUACACUUUUCAGCCCAGCAAAGUACUUGUUUGAGAGGUAUCCAACAGGAGGCUCCAAGAUGAGCACCAGAAUUGACACCCUAAUGAUUUUUUACCCUACAGACCCUGCUUUUCGGUCGUUUUAUUUGGCUUGUUACUUUCUAUUAAUUGUUUUCCUUCUUGGAUUACUUUUAAUGGAGAUUUUUAAACUUUUUAAUCAAGGAUGGAGGUACGUAACACAUUUCUGGAACUUGAUCGAUGUUUUUCAAGUUAUCAGUGCUGCAGCUGCAUUGGUCUCCUUUUUCUUUAAGGCCAAGUAUACCAGUAAUUUUGUAAAGCGUGUUAGGGAGAAUCCGUUCGCGACAUCAAGCUCGGACUACAUUGUCCUGUGGUGUGCUGUAGAAACGUGGCUGCUGUCUCUAGUCGUCUUCGUUGUUACCGUGAAAUUUCUGAGGUUGCUAAAAUUCAAUGAUCAUAUCUGUCACUUCGCGUACACUGUGAAAUCAGCAUUUAAGCAUCUAUUUUCGUACUCAAUGGUGUUCGCAGCUGCAAUCCUCGCAUACACACAGCUCGGUACUCUUCUCUUCGGAAGCAAUGUGUCAGCCUACUCAAAUCUGACGAAAUCCCUCAUCAUGCUCUUAGAAAGGCUCCUGGGUAAUAACAUGUACACAAAUGAGCUUAAAGCAGCCAACCAAGUAAUGGCUCAAUUAUUUACCUUUGGGUAUUCGUUAUCUAUUGCAAUGAUAUUACUGGACAUGUUUUUUAGUAUUCUCCACAGUUCGUAUUGCCAGCUAAGGCGUCUUAAACAAGGGCGUUUUCCUGACGUUGAAUUAGCUCGGUUUGCUUGGCGCUAUUUCAUGGAAAAAGCUAGGAUUUUUUGGUAUGACACUAAACACUCAACAAAAGAAAAUAAGCUCAGAAGACUACGAUUUAAUAAGAGGCAAGCAGAAGUCGUCGGCUUUUUGGAUAAGGACUCCGAAUUUGACGACGAAGCAGCUGAAGAGUACAUCUGCUUGCCAUCCGAAGACGUAAGAUUCGAAGAGGUGGUUUUAGAGAAAAUAGAAGAUAUUGAUUUGGUGGAUGAGUACAACUCGCUAAAAGAGGUGAGAAAAACUCUGCUUCAAAUAGGAGCAAAUUUCUUUCUUACACAAAAUGAGUGGAGUUCUGGUAGCAUAAAUGAGGAGGGCGA